AUGGGACUGUGGGGGAAGGCGGCCAAAGCUUUAGUGAUUGUUGUGAUAAUACAAAUAGCGUGCAGACAUUGCAUGCCAAGAACGCCAAGAAAAUCUGCCCUACUAAACAACUUGAACCCCGCUAAAAACAAUCCCUUAUCAACACCAUUUGCACCGGCACGAACCGACAAGACAUCAAAACAAACAACCGGAAAAACAAUUCAAAAUGCUAGAAUCAGCAAAAACUUAUUUCAAAAGGAAUCUAUUUUUAAGAAGCACAAUUUCCCUGAAAAUGAUUUCCCGUUGGAUACCAGUCGAAGAGAUCCGUUCCACCUAACAAAAAAAAUUAAUACGAACUAUCAAGCUAAUAGACCAAAGGCAAAUGAUUUACGUAGUAACACACAAAGUUCAAUUAUUAAUGAAUUGAAAAAGGAAAGGAAGAUGAAACGCAAGCUUCAAAGUAAUGCUCAGUUAAACUACGACAUUAAUCAGCCGACAAAAGAAACAAUUCCGACCACUUUUUCAUCGGGAUCUACAAACAAUUUACUGGAUCCAAAGGCGUUCCCUGACAUCCAGUAUCCUCUUAACACGAUGGAGACAUGGGAGCCUAUGUACUGGAAUAGCUUUUCACUAGCUCCACCAACUCCUUUCGAUGGACUUCAAACUCCAAGGUAUAAAACACCAAUUAAUGAAAUCGAGAAAAACCCUUUAACAACAAUGACGAAAACCAAGGCAAGACAGUUUUUGAAGACUUAUGAUAAACUUAAAGAUGAAAAUAAACGUACUUCUACUGAUAACUCAAAGCGUAGUAACGUAGGACAGAGCGGGUUGAACUUUAAAAAGACAGCCGCUAGCGAACAAGUUUCUGAAGAUUUCAUCGCGGCUAGUUUGCUAGAAAAAGUUCCUAAAAACUCACCAAGUAUCAAUAUCACAGUCGAAUCACCUUCAAGAGAACCACCCAGUUCAGAUACACCAGACACAUGUUCAAUCGAAGAUAACCCAGUUUACGAAGGAGUCACAAAAAUCAAUCGUUCAGAAUCAAAAAUAAAUGACAAAAAGGCAUUGAAACACACUAAGAAAAUUUUAUUAGCUGAAGCAUUAGCAGCUAUCGAAGAAAUACUAAACAGUGAUGAAACUAAUUCUUCAGAAUCUGUUGAAAAUAUUUGUAUGAGUCCGGAACUUGCUAAGGAAACCUAUACUACAAUAAAUGAAACUACUAGCACGACUGCUAAAGCAGAUUACGUUGAAAUUGCUGGGGACAUUGGAAACAAUGUACAAUCGACCAAUGCUUCAGGCAAAGCUACAAUUGUAGAACCAUUGGAAGAAAAACUUUAUGAAAUGCCUGUCUGUAUACCACAAAACAAUAUAUCAUCGUUAUUGGAGGAAACUAAUAUAGAAAAUUCUACAAUAAUAGAAAACAUAUUAAUACCUACUACAAGUGCUCCUGAAGAAAUGGUUUUCACUAAUAGACCCAACCAAACACUAACAAAUCACGCGGCUCCAGGUCCCACGUCUAUAAUUAUAAUUCCUAUCAAUAACAACGCUGUCGGUCAACCUCAAUCACAUAUGAUUGACACUACUGGGAAUACACCCAUCAUUGUCUAUAUUCCAAACACUCAAUCGAGUGACGUCCCAUCGCAAACAGAGUUUUGCCAACAAAAUAUAUCUCAAGCGUCAUUCAAUAAAACUGUGCCAAGUAAUGAACAUAAUAAUGACCUUUCUAAUCUGGCGCCCCUUCUGAAUGAUAAUCCUGCCUCCACUGCACUCGUUAGUGAAUUACCAAAUGAUACUUCAACCAAUGAGUCAUCGCUGCCAGUAUGUGAACCGUUGCCAAUAAAUUCUAUGUGCUACAUUAAUGAGAGCAGUCAGUCAUCGAUAAAAGAGAAACCAUUUCUAAAUAAUUCGACACAUCAAUCAGUAAUCGAUAUGACACCCUUUACCAAUUCAACUAGUAAUGAGAAAUCACUUCACAAUGAUGACUCUACAGACAUUUGUGAUGAUAUAAAAAUUGAGAAGACUUUACCACAGAUGCUGGAUUCAGAGCAUCCAAUCUUUGAUUUUCCAGGCAGUUAUACAACUUCAUUGAGUCAUGGACCUUACAAUAACAUCAUACAUAAUGAAUUACCAAUAGUCCCGCGUGAAAUUGAUUCUGGUGAACAGUUUGUUAAUACUUCUUCAGAACAUCAAUUUAUAACAGAAGAGAAAAACGCCACAUCAGAUUAUUUGCAUAAAGGAGCUGAACUAGAUCAUCAUACAGUAAAUCCUGAAGUAUUUAUUCCGGGUUCAGAUUUAUUUUCUCGUGACUUACCUUGGGCCAUAAGUGACGGUUUCAUAGCAAAAUCAUCUAACUCGCCAAUCUAUGCAGAAAUAACUAAACCUAAAACUCCGAAAGAGUCUAUUACUGUUUCUUUACCUCCAGUAGAUGAAUUGAAAACAUCAUUAUCAAUUUCUGAAAACCUUGAUACUUUAAUGAAGCCUGUAGAAAGAAUAUUACCAGAAACUGUAUCAGAGGCUCAUACAACAAGUAUACCGAUAGAACUUUCACUUUCGUCAGGUUCUCCUACAGCAAAAUCGUAUGACAAAAGAAUAAUAAUUGAUGUCAAAUUAGUGCCUAUCGAAGAUUCUAACGAUGAUUAUCACAGCACGAAAACGGUUCAAGAUACAUUGCUACUUAUUCCAGAUAAGCCAAUAAUUAAAAAUCAAAAACCAAUUGAUUUACUAAUUUCUGAUGAAGCUUCAGAGACCUUUGUUCCAAUAGAAAUUUUGAAUGAAGAAAAACUCAAGACUUUUCCUUCAACCCCAUAUUUACAGACUAAUAACAAUUUGCUAUCGUCUGUUGAAAUGGAACCGCCCUCAUUACUUGAAUCCAAACCCUAUCUUACAAAUAACUUGGUUGCACCAAUUUCUAAUGCAGUUCUGUCCCAUGAAAAUGUCGACGUUACAACAAAUGAUAUGAAUGAUUUGCCAUUGAAAAUGGGAAUGUUACUUCCUGAUUUUUACGAAUUGCCUAAGGAAGAACCAGUUUCACAUGAAAGUGUUAAUUUUAACGCGGCCGCAGAUCUAGAUAUGUCUAAGAACAGUAUGCCAAUGCAAUUUUUUGAUCAUUCAAGUUUGAAACAUCCAUCAAAUAAAUUUGAAAUCUCAUUUCCUGCAGACGUUUUAAAGGAUACUGAUAAAUCAGAUGAAAUACCAAGGAUACCGGUUACACAAAUUGCUCUUUCUGUACCACAACAUGAAUCAGCAUUAGAGGCAAUCAAACCACCAGUUACCAAAAUUACAUCAGUCAAAGAUGAAAUUGAACAGGUGACUGAUAAGAUAAAUGACAUAUCUUUAUCAACAGCAAAAACGGCGCAAAAUUCAUCUACAAUAGACGAUUCAUCAAUCUAUAUUAGCCCUGAAAAUAAAAACACUAAAUUUCUAACACUACCCGAAAAUCGUUCAUCAGUUCUUAAAGACAUAUUUCAAAUUGAUAUGGCAGUGAAAGAUCAAUUACCAACAGACGUAUCAUCUUUAACUUCAAAGUUACUUAUAACAAAAGCUCUCUUAGAUAAUGUACUAGCCGAUAUCAAUAACACGUAUAAUACAGGAGCUUUAUCACCGUCUAUUCCUUUAUCUUCUUCAUUGAAUAUCACCCAUGUAGCUACUGAAAGCCCAGCAUCAGAAACCCCAUCAAAACAAAAUAAUUUUAUUGAGUGUGACUCAAAUUCAUCCCUUUCCUCCAUUCAGAUCUUUUCAAAUAUUUUAAAUAAUAAUAAAGAAGGUUCUUCUAAUACUUUAUCUAAUUCUGAUACUGUAAGAAAUGCUGAUGAUGAUAAUAAUACUACUAAUACAGGAAGUGACUUACAAAUCUCUACAAUUUCUGAAGCUAUUCCAUUUAUAGUAACCUCAGAUGUUCCUGGAACUCACGACUUACCAAAAUUGACCGAUACAAUAGUGAACGCCCCGUUUUCAAGAAUAUCAAAUGAUCUUUCUUUAAAGUCAGCAGUUCCAGACAGAUCUUCCUUAGAUGAAAAACUUUCCAACAGCCAAGAAUUUGAUGAUAAAUCAAAUCCAAUUUUGCAAGCAGAAAACCCGGAUUUGCACAGUCAGUCAAAUAAUCCAAUUUCAAAAACAAAAGACGAUGUUCCUGCUAUAACAGUGACCAAAGAUCUUUUGGAAAGUGUACUUUUAGAUAUUUUUACAAAACGGUUAUCGUUUCCGUUAACUCAAAUAAGUCCUGAAGCUACACCCGCAGAAUUAGAAAUAAAACCUCAUUUUCAAGAAUUUUCUGAAACUAAAAAAGGUUGGGUGCAGUCAUCAAUGCUACUUAACAAAUUAGAAGACACUGAACCUUUAAUUAAAACGGUAGAUAAAACAGACUCAGAUAUUUCAGUUGCCUUCAAUAAACCUACAGAAAAUCACGAAACUUUCAUAAACGGCAGUAGUGAAUUGUCAUUAUUGGGUGUCAAUAUUUCCCAAGAUAAGGUCUUAAAGGAAAAAACCGCCAAAAAUUUAGAUAUUUUGAAAACAGGAAAAAAUAAAUCGCUUGAAAAAACAACAUUUGAUGAUCCGAAUACUAAUACUACCAGUAACAAUUCGCUAAAUUCAUCUAAAAAAUCUUUUAGUGAUGAUUCAAAAGAAGAAACUCCAGUUGUUGAUAUUGCAAUCCCUGCAGAUCCAACUCCAUCCCAAAGAUUUGAUGAUCAACAAGAUUUUAAAUAUAAUUCCACGGCAGAAGAUCUUACAGAUAAAGUAUCAUCAGCAGAAAAUGAGAACAAAUCAACUAUUUCUAAUAGCAAUACACCCAAAUAUAAUAUUGAUUCUUCAAAGAAAAACACUCUGUCGUCUUCGUCUUCGUUUUCAGAAAUAACGGUAACAAAAAAACUUUUAGAAAGUAUUCUGACGGAUGUUUUACGAAAAGAGUUCUUACUGUCACGAGCACAAAGUGAUCCAGAUAUUUCUUCUUCAAUAUUUAACAAUUCACCUUAUGAUAAAGAAACAUCAAUUCCUAAUAGCCUUAGUGAGACUUAUCCGAAGGAAAAUAAUAAUCUAUAUAAUUUUAAUGCAUCACAAGUCGAUGGCCCAGCUGAUUUCACUGAUGAAGUUCCAUGUUUCAAUAUUUCUACAGACCAGUCAUAUAUACGAGAAGAUGAAGAAAUACAUAAUAAAGACAACGACUCGCACGUAGUACAAUUUUCCAAUAAAAAGUCAAUGUCAGUAAAAGAAAACAUUCCCAAUGAUAACGAAGAAAAAAAUAAAUUAUCAAACACAAUCGAACCACUUCCAGAGAAUGUAUUAACCAAUAUUUCUGACGACAUCAUUUUACCAUCAGUAGUUGAACCAGAUACAUCAACAUUUAUAGCUAAACUUGAUAUACCAGAUAAAAGCAGCACUCCUCUCGAACAUGUAAGUGAAAAUUUUCCAAAAACACAAACCAAUACAUACCACGGUAGUGCAAUCAAUGUACCAAACCCGGAAAAAAUUGAGAUAAACGAAAAUGAAACUGUACCAAUAGAUGAAAUUAUAAUAUCUAUACCUAAUGAGGAUAUUCUGUCACCAAACUCACCUUCUGAAUUGAGGAUUAGUAAAGCUCUUCUUGAAAAUGUACUGAGGGAUAUGUUUUCAAAAGGAUUAUUACCAAUAGAAAACAUAUUACGAGAAGAAAUUGUAGCUUCCGAUGAUAAUGUAGCAAACGAAAGCCCACCUCAAGUACUACAAGUUUUUUCCAAUGAGACACUCAUAAACUAUUCAAAUGUGAAUUUGGCAGUUUCAAAAGACACUGAAAACAAUUGGCCCAUGGAAGAAUAUGAUAAAACUUUGAACAUCACGAAUUCAAACAUAACAAUAGAUCAUAUUAAUGUUUCCACAUUUGAAGAAGAAGAUAUCAAUGACUAUGAUCCAAAUUUGGAAAAUUAUGGUAAUGGUAUGUUAGUCGCAGAAGACACAAAAUUAGACUCUAAUAAAGAUAUUAAUGUAAAUGAUAUCCCACCAUCAGAACAAAAAAUGUAUUCACCUUCGAAAUUUGCAAUUACUAAAGUGCUAUUAGAAAACAUACUAACGGAUAUUUUUGCGAAGGGAUUGUCACUACCCAAAGUGGAACCUAGUUCAGAAACGUCUUCUGCCACUUUAGAUAAAACACUGUACUAUACCGAAACGCCUAAAUCAGAUAUCAGUAAUGAAACUCCUGUAAUACAAUUAGAAGAAGCUACUCUUGAUAUAACUCCCGUUGCAAAUAUAUAUAAUAAUUCAGCUCUCAUAGAAAAUGCAUAUGAAACUUUACAUAUUCCAUCAGAUAAAAUUGUUGUAGAUAAACAGAAUAUAAAUCGUACAGAACUAAAUGAACUUAAUGCCGAAGUAAUUCACAACGGCCAAAAUCAAAAUGAUAAUCUAGCUUCUCUCGAUUUCAAUGACGACUUAUCACCUUUAAAUGAAGAUAUACAUGAGCCUAAAAUUGUUCCGAUUACUUCACGCUCCACGUUAGAUAAAACUCUUUAUUCUAUAGAUACUACACUUCCUAAUGAACAGACUAAACUAGAACACAUUGGUGCAAUAUUUGAAAUUCCGGCAGAAAAGUCAAUUCUGUCUGAUGUAGAUAUUCAUAGUGUUUUAGAACAAACUUUAGAUGAGACUACUCCAGAAGAUUUUAAUUCACGAGCACAUUCAGAAGAAUCCAAUGAAGAAGAAAUGCUUGAAAAUAUCUCAGAAGAUAUGAGCGAUGAAACGGAAGAAGUUACAUCUUUGGCAAAUACUUCUGAUGAUCUAUCACUAAAAGAGAAUAUACUUGAUGUUAUAGAAGAAAUUACAGGUUCACCCGCACAGAGGUCUAAAAGAGUUUUAUAUUCAAAAUUGCCUUCAACCAAGGCGUUGUUAGAAAAAGUGCUUUUUGACAUUACUGAUGGCGGCAUUCUUGGAUAA